CCAAUACACACCAUGCAAACACUAGGCAGCAAAACGCUAUCUUGCUCAACACCUUUGUUCUACCUCUGCUGCCUACUGCUGGUCUCAUGCCUUUUUCUCUUGGAAGAAGCACAUGCGGCACGCCAUGGAGGGAUCUCACUCAGGUCUCAACACACGGCCCUCCUCAACUGGAAAGCUGCACUUGCAACCCCACCGCUGCAGAUGAGCUCUUGGCAGGAAAACACUAGCCCAUGCAACUGGACGGGCAUCAUGUGCAUGGCUGUUCGCCAUGGCCGCCACAUGCCCUGGGCGGUGACCAACAUCUCUCUGCCUGAUGCUGAUAUCCAUGGCCAGCUUGGUGAGCUCAAUUUCUCGGCUCUUCCAUUCCUUGCAUAUAUUGACCUUCAAAACAACAGUCUCCAUGGUGCACUGCCUGCUAGUAUCGGCUCACUGUCAGCACUUUCGGUACUUAACCUUCCCUACAACCAGCUCACAGGGAAAAUUCCUGCUCAAAUUGGUGACCUGCAAAGUCUCAGGCUUCUUGAGCUCUCAUUUAACAAAUUCACAGGGCAUAUCCCUACAUCUCUGGGUAACCUAACAAUGUUAACUGAUCUUCUCAUUCACCAAAACAUGGUAUCAGGUCCCAUUCCUGAGGAGAUUGGAAGACUUGUCAACCUACAAAAUCUACAACUAAGCAACAGCACCUUAAGCGGUUUGAUACCUAAAACCCUUGGAAAUCUGAGCCAACUAAAUGCAUUAUGCCUGUUUGGUAAUCAACUUUCAGGGACUAUACCCCAAGAACUAGGCAGGCUAGUCCAUUUGCAAAUUCUUGAGCUUAAUUCAAAUGAUUUUUCAGGUCCAAUUCCAAUCUCCAUAACCAAUCUCACAAUGAUGAGCACACUUUAUCUCUUUGAAAAUGAAAUCACAGGUCCAAUACCCCCAGAACUAGGCAACCUCGCUGUGCUAAACCAACUUGCUCUCUUCACAAAUCAAAUAACAGGUAUAAUACCCCCAGAACUAGGCAACCUCACUAUGCUCAAUUUACUUUUUCUCAGUACAAAUCAAAUCACAGGCCCAAUACCUUCAGAAUUGGGCUACUUGCUGAAUCUCGAGAGUUUAGCCUUGUCCAGUAACCAAAUAUUUGGCUCUAUUCCUAGCAACUUAGGAAAUAUAACCAAACUAGAAAUACUACACCUCUUUCGAAAUCAGAUAACCGGUUCCAUUCCCUGAGAGAUUGGGAAUUUGAUGAAUCUCGAAAUCUUAACCUUGUAUCAGAACCAAAUUUCGGGAUCAAUACCAAAUACUUUUGGAAAGAUGCAAAGCAUCCAAAUCUUGCACAUCUACGAUAACAAAUUAUCAGGUUCUCUUCCUCGAGAAUUUGGAGUUCUCAUAAAUCUUUUUGAACUUGGGCUACAUAACAACUCACUUUCAGGACCUUUACCCGCAAAUAUAUGUUCAGGUGGCAGACUUCAACAUCUCUAUGUAUCUUACAAUAUGUUUAGUGGCCCCAUUCCAAGGAGUUUAAAGACAUGCACAAGUUUGGUUCGACUUAGCCUUGAGUCGAACCAACUAACUGGAGAUAUAUCUCAGCAUUUUGGUGUGUAUCCACAACUCAUAAGGAUGGAUUUCACAUCAAAUAGACUCUCCGGGCGGAUCUCACCAAAUUUAGGUGCAUGUACCCAACUAACAGUACUACAUCUAGCACAAAAUAUGAUCACGGGUUCCAUACCUCCAAUCCUUUCUAAAUUGUCCAACCUAGUAGAACUAACACUCGAUUCUAACCAUCUCAGCGGUGAGAUUCCACCAGAAAUGAUGACUUUAGUAAACCUAUAUAGCCUGAACUUAUCAUUGAACCAAUUAUCUGGAUCCAUACCUACACAGAUAGGAAAGCUGAGAAAUUUAGGGUGCCUUGAUAUUUCUUGGAACAAAUUGAGUGGAUUAAUACCUGAGGAACUAGGGGCCUGCAUGAAACUACAGUCCUUGAAGAUCAACAACAACUCCGAAGCGUCGCAUACCAAGCAGCACCUUUAAGAAGGAAUGCGAUGACGAUGUCGUUGCUGCCCGGACUAGUCCUAGGGUUUCCCCGAUACGCAAAGGGUAGUAUGGAAGGGGUAUACCCGACGCCCUUCGAGAAGGAACGGCGACGCCCACAAGCGUCACCACGUUGGUGACAAAUGAGCAGCCAGGAUUUCUCCCGACCCAAAACAACCACCGCCACCUGAGACGCUCCAUCGAGCUCCACCCAGCGUGCCACCCACCAGCAUGCGCCACCACCGGCUUGGGGCCAUCCUCGUUGUCUCACUGAGGUCACCGACACGAGGCCAAGAGGAAGAAGGAGAGGACACCAGAAUCGAGGGUACCGGCAACGUAGCCAAGUGGGAGGGAACUUCCUCCACCAC